GAUGACAGUGUGCUUGCCGGCGACGCGAGUAUCAUCUGCAAAGCGACAGUAACAUUGCAGGGUUGAUAAUUGCCAUAAGCUGUUAAUCAUACUGUUACAUAUUCUGCUACUGUUAAUACUACUGGUGCCGCUCUGUUACUCUUGAGUUUGAUGGCAAACAAACAAAUAAAUUGUAUAUAAACUAAAAUAGUAAACCAUUUUAUAAUGGCGAGCACCUCACGUAGCGCCAUUCUACCGCAGUCCAAGGAGGCACUGCUCAAAUCCUACAACGCUCGCCUCAAAGACGAUGUGCGCAGCAUGUUGGAAAAUUUCGAGGAAAUACUAAAGCUGGCGCGCCGAGAGAGCCACAGCCAGAUCUCGAAGACUACGCAAUGUGAGCAGGAUGCACUCGAGAUGCAGGUGCGUUCCGCGAACAUGGUGCGCGCUGGCGAAUCGUUGAUGAAACUGGUGGCGGAUCUGAAGCAAUAUUUGAUACUGAACGACUUCCAUUCGGUGAACGAGGCCAUUACAAGUAACUCGCAGCUGUUUCGCACCACGCAGAUUGAGUGCGACAAGAAGCUGAUGAAGCUGCGCGACGAGAUGGCUAUGGAUCUGUAUGAUCUGGAGGAGGAGUAUUACACCAGCAUAUUCAAAUAAACAACUAGUUUUAAAGUCACUCGAAAUUAUAUGUUUGCUAU